AUGCGCGCUGUACUUAUAUUUUCAUGGCUGGCAGCUUUGUGCGUGGCAGAUUAUACCUAUAUCAACUGCUACCAGAGCCUUCCCUCCUCUUUUUCAGUAGGAGAUGUCUACGAUUUCCAGAGUAGUUCGCACUGUUACAGCGUGUGUUCCGAGAAAAACAGCAACUAUUUUGCGCUGACGAAUCAUAGUACUUGCUAUUGCGGCAGCUCUAACCCCAGCGGGACAGAAUCGACAAGCUCGUCGUGUAACGCGUACUGUCUGGGGUAUGGUUCGGAGAUGUGCGGAGGUGAAAACGCGUUUUCCGUAUACACGAUGGGGGGUGGGUCGUCGAGUAACUGGCAGUUGAGUUCCAGCGGGUCAGCGUCGCUGUCGCAGUCUUCUUCUGGCGGGUUGUCUUCUGGUCGGUCUUCGUCUUCGCAGAGCACGACUAGUUCUUCAGUAGGAUCGACGUCGUCUACGGCGGGAUCCGGAUCUUCGACCACCGCAGCUGGGCCUUCCACGACCGGGAGCUCUAGUAGCUCCGACCCAAAAGUCGUGUAUUCUACCUCUGUCCAAACCCAGGGUGGAUCCACGGUUUACGUGACAGCAAGCAUGGCCCAGAGCACUCCGACCGGCGACGAGCGGGGCUCUUCGUCUAAGAAGAAAUCGUCGCCUCGAAAUAUUGGCGCCAUAGUUGGCGGUGUGGUCGGUGGCGUUUGUGGCGCGCUCGCAGUUGCGGCCCUCAUACUGUUACUAGUACGUCGCAUCAACCGGAAACGAGAACACGAUCGCAUGGAAAAAGAAUACAGAGAAGCCAUCAAGCCCGUAGAUUUCGACGAAGCCCUCUACAGAUCCUCUACUUCGUCCCACAAAGGCAAAAAUCCGUUUGACAAAGAUCCGUUCGACGACGCUCGUCGCAUAAGUAACGGGUCGCUGGCCGAGAGCACAACCCUUGAAACGGCACAGGCACCCAAUGUGCUUACUGUGGCCAAUCCGGAUGAAUGA